UUAAUAAAAAAAAAUUAAAGAAUGGAUUCUUGGAUUAUGUUUAGUCGUAUUUUUCUCUGGAUAAUUAGGGUUUAAAAAGAUUAGGAUUCAGGAUUUGUUCUUCCUCUUCAUUUCCCUUCAUCGCUGCUCUUUUCCUACUUAAUAAUUGCAUUAUCUUUAUGCAAUUGCAAUAAAAUUGUAAAAAUUGUUCUGUUUUUUUUUUGGGACUUUUCUUUCCAUUCAUUUUAAGAGAUUCUAACCUACCUGCUAAAGUUUGGGCCUUUUGCUUUCCCCCCCUUCGUUUUGGUUGUCAUUCUCAUUCCCGGUUCGCAUUCAUUUUCUUACCUUUCUUUCUUCACUUCAUCUAAUUUUAUGGUUUUCUAAUCAAUUGAUUCGCUUCCUUGAGAAGAAGGAUUGCUCAACUGUUAAUUCACAACUAUUUUCUCCUUUUUUUCAUGUUUACACACACACACAAAAAGUUAGAUUCAAGAUUUGAAAUGGAGAGGGUGAAAAAUUCAAAUUAGGGUUUGUAGAUGCUUGUUUUUGGUUACUAAUUGUUCUAUCAACAAAUGGAAGAAAACAAGGAAGGAUCCACAAAAUUGAAAGCCCAGGAUGAGACUAGGAACCUACCCUCCAUUUUUAUCAUUGGAUGUCCCAACGUCGGCAAGCGCACCCUGAUCUCCCGACUUGCUUCUGUGGAGUUCGAAGAAGAAGAUAGCUCCCAAGUGGUAGUCCAUGGCUGGACUAUCAAUACGAAAUACUACACUGCUGAUGUUUCUCUGUGUAUGGCUCAUCUUCAAGAUGGAUUUUCAGCUCAAACGCUCCCUAUAUUUAACCAUUCAACCGCCUUGGUCAUGGUUUUUGAUAUGUCUCAUCUAUCAACUUUUUCUGCUCUUCAGGAUUGGAUAUCUUACACUGAUAUCCAAAACUUGGAGAUUUUAAUCUGCAUGGGAAACAAAGUUGAUCGAGUUCCAGGUCAUCCUGUCCAUGCUGAGUAUGCAAAACGCGUACACAAACUUGAUGAUUCCUCUACUCAUCCUUCAUCUGACUUCACUCGAUAUGGAAUUUCUGAAGCUGAAGGAAGCAGUCUAUUGGAAAAUGAAGACCCAUCUUCCGACAUUCGAAGGAAAUGCUUGGAGUGGUGCAUUGACCACAACAUUGAGUUCAUCGAAGCUUGUGCUUUGAAUGCUGAUUUUGACAAAUGUUUGUCAGUUGAUGGAGAUUUACAAGGAGUUGAACGUCUUUAUGGUGCUAUUUCUGCUCAUAUGUGGCCUGGAAUGGUUCUGAAAUCUGGUGAUAUGAUAACUGAACCUUCGCUUCCUGAGAAAGAAGAUUCAUCAGAGGAAGAGCCUGGUUAUCAGUUUGAAUAUGAAGUGUUAUCUGCGGGUUCAGCUGAACCAGGGGAUGACAUUGUUGAAGAAUGGAUUUCUGCAAGUCCGGCUAACACAUUCCUGGAUAUAGGGAAAUCAGUUGAUGCGGGAAAUUCUGGUUCAGAUUGUGUUCAAGGAAACAUAACCAGAUGCGAAAAGGACGAGUCACAUACCUUUCCCACAGGUUCUGCUUUAGGGGAGAAAAUUGACAGAAUGGAACCCAAUGCUGAAGAACCUGGUCGAGCUUCAGCUUCAGAAGUAGAUGAUGGCCCCCAUUAUGAAUAUGAGGAUUUGGAACAGUUGAUGUCUGAGAUUGGGAACAUUCGCAGCAACUUGAGGUUAAUGCCUGACUUUCAAAGGAGGGAGAUGGCUGCCAAGCUGGCUAUUAAAAUGGCUGCCAUGUUUGGAGGUGACAGUGAUGACGAAGAGGAGAUAUGAGUUACUACUGGGACAUAAGAACUUUUAUACUGUUCAGAAUUUUGGAAGUUAUUGGCAUGUAGCUGGAAUACAAAGUUAACUAAAAAGGGAGCUUCAAUGAAAAUGUAUGCUUAAUUGUAGAUAAAUAGAGAUUUUUAGUGCAGAGAAUGAAGAUCUGAGUUUUGGCAAUUUUACUAGUUUAAUCGGGGCGGGGCAGGGCAGGGCAUGGCAUGAUGUUGGGAAUUCUUUUGAAGUUGAGGCAUGACGGAUACAGUAGGUGGGAUAGGGUGGUUGUGUUGUGGCGUGAUGUCCGAAAAUUGACUGCCUCUUUCUAUUUGCCUAGUUGAUGACAAUUACUUUUAGAAAUUGUUGAUGAGAUAAUUUCAAAGAUGAUCACUGCAUUGUCCUAGUAAUGUAUUUAUGAAUAAAUGUAUGAAUGUAAAUCAUUAGUUUAAUCAA